AAACUAAUCAACUUACGCUUCGUUUGUCAUUAAUCUAGCACAACAACGCGCUAAAAUCCGCGAAUAUCUUGAUUUAAUUCAUAAUUUACAGUUAAAAUACGUGAACUGAGUGCAAAAUGAGUGGCCCCAACGGCAUGUUGUACGGUGGAGACGAGAUCGGCGCUUUAGUGUUCGAUCCAGGGCACCACAGCUUGCGAGUAGGUUAUGCUCAGGAAGAUACUCCGAAAGCCGAUAUUCCUGCUGUGGUUGGUGUAGGACCGGCUACUCAUAUUCCGGAGAGCGAGGAGAAAGUCCCCGAUGGCAAUGUCACACAGAGCGGAACCAAAGCUGGUGGUGAGCUCCGCCACUACAUUGACGUCACGGAGCUCCACGUGCCCCGACCGGGCAUGGAGGUGCAGUCAUACAUGAAGGACGGACAGGUCGACAACUGGGAUCUGUUUGAGAAGAUGCUCGACUAUUGCUAUGCUAAGGUUAUCCGCUCCCCAUCCGAGCACCACCCAGCACUGUUCACGGAAGCAGUGUGGACCACCCGACCAGCCCGUGAAAAGCUGGCAGAACUGCUCUUUGAGAAGUACCAGGCACCAGCUUUCUUCUUAGUGAAGAAUGCUGUGCUCUGCGCAUUCGCUAAUGGGAAAUCCACGGCGCUGGUGGUAGAUGCUGGGGCUAGCCAAACUUCGGCUGUGCCGGUUGUAGAUGGCUACGCCCUUGUAAACGCAGCCGUCCGGUCGCCUAUUGGAGGAGAUCAUCUUGCAGCUCAAGCGAAGCACCUACUCAGCACUAUGCACGUACAGAUGCUGCCAGUAUACAGCAUACAGAGUAAAGAAGUGAUCAGAGAACGCGAGCGGGCCAGAUAUACCUUGAAAACCCUACCAGCUGGCCUCACACACUCGUGGCAGCAGUACAUGCUGAAACGGCAGUAUGAAGACUUCUGUCAUUGCAUCGCUCAGGUGUCAGAAUCAGCAUAUGACGAGCGGGUAGCGAGUACGAUUCCCGGUGUGCACUACGAGUUCCCCGGCGGCUACCAUCAAGACUUCGGCGUCGAGAGAUUCAAGAUGGCGGAAUGCCUGUUCGAGCAGAGUCUGGGAGCGCCACAUUUAGCGUGUGCGGCGGCGGCGGCGUGCGACGCGGACGCGCGGCCGGCGCUGUGGGGCGCCGUGGUGGCGUGCGGAGGGGGCGCCAACACGCCCGGCUGGCUGGAGCGGCUCGCCAAGGAGCUGGCUGCGCGCGCGCCGUCCGCGCACCGGCUCAAGUCGCACGCCGCGCCCUCGCCCACCGAGCGACGCUUCGCCGCAUGGAUCGGCGGGUCCAUCCUGGCGUCAAUCGGCUCCUUCCAACAGAUGUGGAUAUCGUCACAGGAAUACGACGAGGGCGGGAAAGGACAGCUCGAGAGGAAAUGCCCUUAGAAACCGUGCCACAGUCUCUUCAUGUAGGUUAAAAUCAUAGAGAAAUAAGUAAACAGAGUGCUAACUCUAUACAUCAGCUUCCUUACCAAAUAAAAUGAAUAAAACCGAUCAAGUGCGAGUCGGACUCGCACACCGAGGGUUCCGUACUUUUUAAUAUUUGUUGUUAUAGCGGCAACAGAAAUACAUCAUCUGUGAAAAUUUCAACUGUCUAGCUAUCACGGUUCAUGAGAUACAGCCUGGUGACAGACAGACAGCGAAGUCUUAGUAAUAGGGUCCCGUUUUUACCCUUUAGGUACGGAACACUAAAAAUAUCACUUAUUUCAAGUAACUACGGACUCAUAUUUUACGCGGCCAAUUUUUUUUUUCACAGUCGACAUCUAGCUUCAAGUUGCGGAUUUAUCAGUACUGUUACUUGACAACAGAUGUCGCGACGAACGAUAAGUCUAAUGCUCAACAAUUUUCAGCUAAUAUUAUAACCAGAUUAACCGGAACUCUACUUUUAACUCCAUCUGCUUGUAAUAUUAGUUGUAAAUUGUUGUUGCACUUUUCUUCAGUCGCGGCACACGUGGCAUCUAGUGUCAAGUAGCGGUACUGAUAAAUCCGCUACUUUUGGUAUGAAACUGGUGUAUGGAGUUAGAACUCUAUGGUUAGAAUAAAGCUCGAUUAUAAUUAGUAUUAAAAUUAAAUAAGGCAGUGGCCAGACGGGAUAAUUUUGCGCAAAAUCUGAUUAAGUUGACAAUUUAAUCAGGACAAAAAUGAAAAUGGCUCGUUGAUCCCACUUGAUAUUUAUUGCAAAUCGCAUGCGAUUAUCGAAGACGUUUUGGACAGGUCAGAUUAUGACCGAUCAAAUAGAGGUGCGAACGCAGAAAUGCCAAUUUUCGACGUUACUUAGUAACGGCACCAAUCAUGGAACAUUUAAGAGAAAAUUUGGAGUAAUUUUUCUUUUUCACCGACACCUGCAAAUUGUCUACCGCUUUAUUCGUUAAAAGUUGAAUGUCCUAUUUGUCCUUUUUUCAUGUUUUUAAUUAUAGACACUGCAAUAGGGGAUAUUACUGCAAUGUUCUGCCACCAGAGUGCAGCACUAGCCUUUUUAGUAAACCAUAGAGUAAUUUAUACAUACUGUACCUUUAACAAGUUUUCAGAGAUAAUAAAAUAUGACAUUGAUGCAUCAAGGCGGUUUGUUUACAGAGGGCCUACCGGGAAACGCGAAUCCGAAAUUUCGCUAUCUGCCUCUUUAUCGCUCGAAUAUGCAAGAGUGACAGAGAUGUUAUAUAACUAAAUUUCUUGUUUCGCGAUAGACCCUCAGAUUGUGGUAGUGGCGCCCCCUGCGCAGAGGUUCGCGUAAUAUUCUCUAUUGAUUUCAAUAUUAUAAACCAAUUAAAACUAUGUGUUUUUGCUCCAGUCAUGGGAUAUGUAUAUGGCACCAUUAAAGUUAAAACUAACAAAAUCAAUGAAAAAUAAAACUUAAGCAUCUCUAUGGCUCUUGUUUAUGGCAUAAUGUUGCCAGUGUUUAAAAACAAACGAUAAAUACUUAUUUUUCAGGAUUUGUCUAUACCAUCACAUUACUGGUGCCAGUCCCAUUAUAGGGGUUAUUCGCGGUUUGGGGACAUUUUUUAGGGUUCCGUACCGUCCGUCCGUCUGUCUGUCACCAGGCUGUAUCUCAUCAACCGUGAUAGCUAGACAGUUGAAAUUUUCACAGAUGAUGAAUUUCUGUUGCCGCUAUAACAACAAAUACUAAAAUGUACGGAACCCUCGGUAGGAGAGUCCGACUCGCACUUGGCCGGUUUUUAUCACUCGAAUGUCGCCAUAAAUUUAAAAUUAGUGAUUGAAUUGUAGGCGCUUGAUGAGAUUGACGCCAAUUUCAUUUCUGAUCAAAUUGUCAGUUUCAUUGAAUCGUCUGCACGCCCACUAAGAGAAAAACGGGCGCAGACUUUGCGAUUGUGACUAUUUUAUGUAUGUAAAUAUUUAGAUUAAAUAAAAUAGCUGUCUAAAAAUGUAUGAGGUGUAUUAUUUUAUUUAUCGUAUGGCAAUACACACACUUCUUAAAUUAAACUUACAGCUUGGCAAAAAAGAGUAGAAAUGGAACUAAUUUUUUUAUUAUGGCAACAUUUACUGUUUUCAUACAAAAGAGACGUCAAAGUGACUCAAUAGUUGCCAUAUGUAAGACGUUUUACAUAGACAGUGGCGCCCCUAGUAUUUUCUACUCUUUUUUGCCAAGCUGUAACAUCAAAAUUUACAAUUCCGCAGAUACAAACUCGCGGUGUAUUGAGAUUGCUGAACUGGUAUUCAAUAUUAUAGAAUAAAAGUAUUAGACAUGUACCAUAUACAUAAUCUCAUAAAAUCCUUAUCAGGAAAUGUCACUUUAAGUCGUGUAUAAUUUUUGAAUAUUAUGUCAAUUUAUGUCAGAGAAAAACUGUUUUUUUCUAUAGUAUAAAUUUUCUCAAAUGAUUUUUACGCCUAAGACCCUAAUGUUUAAAAAAUCCAUUGGCACGCGCUCAGACACAAUGGCCGACCGCUCCCACAAAAGAUCGCUUUUGUUUAACAGAUUAUAGUAGCUUAGGCGUAAAAAUCAUUAGUGAAAAUUCAUACUAUAGUGUAAUAUUAAACAAAAACCAACAAAGAAACAGUACAUGCAUUUUGCAAAAUAAAAACUUAAGAUGUUUUAAUUGUAAAAAAUACGCGUUUACUUGGUUACAUUUUCUAAGGAGAAUUUUUUAUAAUGAAAGGUUCUAGAUGUUGAAGUAGAAAUGCAAUUUUAUUGA